ACUGAAGCGCGCGCAGAGUGGAGGCGGAGUUUCGACUCGGUUUCUACGGCGACCGGCCGCUUGUAAAUAGCGUGUUCUUCUCCAUGCGAACUCAAACAGUUUCUUGUUGUACGCGGACACACGGCUACAUCUGUCGUCAGAUUCACUCAACACAAACUUCUUUGCGUAUGUGACACAUUUCGAUCUCAGGAAGUUGCGCUUUGUGUACGCUUUUUUUUUAAUCGUGAAGCAAAUAUUUGGAUGAGACAUUGGAAGAUCAACAUCAAGGUGAGACAGUAUCUUAAGUGUGUUCUGCUGGUGUCACAGAGAUGGAGAAGUAUGAGAAGAUCAGCAAGAUUGGUGAAGGCUCGUACGGCGUCGUGUUCAAAUGCAGGAAUAAAGACACCGGACAGAUCGUCGCCAUCAAGAAGUUUGUAGAAUCUGAGGAUGAUCCAAUCAUUAAGAAAAUAGCGCUCAGAGAAAUCCGCAUGCUGAAGCAACUGAAACAUCCAAACCUGGUGAAUCUGAUGGAGGUGUUCAGAAGAAAGAGAAAACUGCACCUGGUGUUUGAGUACUGCGACCACACUGUCCUAAAUGAGCUGGACAGAUACCCACGAGGUGUUCCAGAGCACAUGGUUAAAAGCAUCAUCUGGCAAACACUUCAGGCUGUGAACUUCUGCCACAAACAAAACUGUAUCCACAGAGACGUGAAGCCUGAAAAUAUUCUCAUCACCAAGCAUCAGGUCAUCAAACUCUGCGACUUUGGCUUUGCCAGAAUCCUCACGGGUCCAUGUGAUUAUUACACGGAUUAUGUAGCGACGCGGUGGUACAGAGCUCCAGAACUGUUAGUGGGAGACACACAGUACGGCCCGCCAGUAGACGUCUGGGCAGUGGGGUGUGUGUUUGCAGAGCUGCUCUCUGGCGCCCCCUUAUGGCCGGGCAAAUCUGAUGUAGAUCAGCUGUAUCUGAUUAGGAAAACUCUGGGCGAGUUGAUUCCUCGACACCAGCAGGUGUUCAGCACUAACCAGUUCUUUAGCGGAGUUUGUGUCCCCGAACCACAGGAGACGGAGCCUCUUGAACUGAGGUAUCCAAACCUGUCGUACCAGGCACUGAGCCUCAUGAAGGGUUGUCUGCAAAUGGAUCCGGCUGAAAGGUUGUCCUGUGAGCAGUUACUAGAACAGCCAUACUUUGACAGUUUGAGAGAGGAGAAUGAGAGUGCGACGCGUGAACUGGACCGAAAGCGACGCGUACGCCAGCCACGGAAACACCUGCCUCCUGGGUAUCUGCCUCAGUUGGCCAGCAGUACUGUCUUCCCAGCCGUGGAGAACAGAAAAUACUACAACAACCUGCGCAAAUUCAACUGUCAUCUGCCCAACAUAUGAUGGACGCCGACUCAUCAGGAACCCGAGAACCGAGCGUCCACCUCCCAGCUGGUGUGUGAGAUAGACAAAGGGCUCUGCUCUGCCUGUAGAAGAAUGAUGUCACACUGCCAAAGCAAAGACUCACAGAAGCAUUUCUGUAAUAUGUAAAAUAACAACAGCAAUAAUAAUAGCAUUAAAAUUGGA